CUUGCAGAAGCCUCCACCUUCACUCCUCAGAUCCUCGCCCGCUCUUCGCUUCUUCUAGCCUCGGCAGAUUUAGGACAUUGCGUCGUAGUCGUCAUGGUCCGCAGCGGCACCUGCAGAAUCCUGGUCCUCCUGGGCCUCCUGGUGGUCUUUGUCCGCUCAGAGACGGUCGCUGACCCGUCCAGGGACAACCAGGACACGGUGUCAGGAGAGACCCCUGCUGACGUGGCCCCCACCAGCACCACCACCAAGGAGCCCCUUCAUCACAUGACUGAGCAGGCCUUCACCUUCGACUAUGAGGACGCCACGCAAGUCCUUGCCCUGGAUGAGGAGGAAGGUGUCCUGGGACCGGGUGCCAUCACCGCCAUUGUCAUCGCCGUCUUCCUGGGAGCGUCCGUCCUCCUGGCACUCAUCGUCAUCACUCUCAGAAAGUUCACAGCCUCCUAGAGUGUGUUUGGAUGCGUGUGAGUAUGUGUCCUGCGCGCGCGUGUGUGUGUGUGUGUGUGUGUGUCUGUGUGUGAGUGUGUGUCUGUGUGCGCGCGUUGCUUUUCUUGUUGUGAACAUUUUGAGUAUUAAUUAAUGCUGUGGCAGGUACCCUGAUGGAGAAAGUGUAGAUACUGUGCACCAAUAUGUGCUAAUUUUGCAUGGUCAAAGACAGUUUUUUUUCUUUUUUUUUUAAAGGAGACAUGUUAUGUAUUUUGUUUUUUCAUCAUUUAAACAGUUUCUAGGUGUCUUAACAACAUGUCUGUGACAUGUUACCAUCAAAAUACUCCAAGAAGAAAUUGAUUUCACCACACUUUUCACCCUCUUUUAUACUAACCUUGGAGGAAUUAGCCUGUUUUGAUGGGGUGGGCCUCAUCCAGCUCCAUAUACUGCUUGGCCAAUGGUGAGUUGGAUUUCAUUACCAUAACAAGCAGGGGUGGAGCUACGGAAUUGAACAGCACGCAAGCAGCUCCUGAGUGUGUGUGUGGGGGGGCUGACGUAAAGACAAUAAAAGCAUUUUAACACUACGCUGUGUCUAUGUGGCGCCUAGACACACCAAACACAAAUACCCACAUCCACCGCGUCAACAACUUCACAAGGCAAUCAAGUAUGUCCUGCUUAUCAGAAGCUUACGCUGCUCGCUAAUGCUAAUCCGUGCAUCCAACAAAACUCAACGUAGCUUUCCUUAACCUUUUGGCUUUGAUGUAGAGUUUAGCCCCACUGUGCCCAGACUGCAAACGUAUUCUGCUGAGUUAACCAUAUUCCCUCCAGAAAGCCAACCCCCUUAAAGAUUUGAUUACAUUUUGACUCACGCAGGCAGCACUUCAUCUAAUCUGUUAUAACACUGCAGCGCUGCCUCUUGCCCUUUGGCUUUAACAUGAUAGCGCUUCCUUGUAGGUGCUUGAAAGUGACUCUGGAUCUUCGCACAGCCUAGCUGAUCAUGUCAUGGGUGGAGAAACUUAGUGUGGGGGCUGUUAUUAUGUAAAUGACCUGUUACACUGUUACAUCACAGUGGCUGGAAGUGCAGUAUUGCUUGCUUACAGACAAAAUAGGCAGCUAACAAAAUAUUUACUUGCUUGUUUAAUGCCAUACUUGAUUUGGGGGCAGGCACUCCACAGACAGAACUAUUUUUUUUUUAUACAAGCCAUUAAAAGUCAGUUUUCCAUGUUAUGACCCCUUUAAAGAAACUUUCUUCAAAACUGGCUGGUUCUUCUCCCAGAGUUUAUGAAUGAACGUCUUGUUGUGGUCCCUAAUUUCACAUUAAAACUAUUUCCCCCCCUGCUAUUCACGGGGGUUAGGGAUCAGGCCCUGCCACAAGGAAUGGAAAAUCUGCGGCAAUUAACACCUCCUCUAAAAAGUUUCAUCAUACAGGAAGCCCCUCAACUCGCUUCAAUGUAGUUCGUUGGCACCAAAAUGCCACAAGAUGACGCCAAAGCACUAGAUGAAGCUCCCCAAUUUACUUCAACAUACUUGACACCAAGAUGCCACCAAAGCAAAACUUCUACAGCAGACAAAGGAUAGCCCCCCCCAAAAAAAAUCUGCAAGUAGAAUAUGCGAGGGAAUACUAUUUUAUUGGAAUCCUGUAUUCAUGUUUAUGUACUAUUUAUAUAUAUUCGUUCAGAUUAUUCCCUUCUGAUCAAGUGAGGAUUUUUUUUUUAAUAUGCAGAGCAAAUAAUGUGUUUGUAGUUUUUGUGUGUUGUUUGAUUUGCAGGAAUCGGUAUGAGAUGUUGGUGGUGGGGGCUUUGGGGGUUAAUACUUUAUUUUAAUAGUUUGUGUGUGCUUACUUUGACACCUCAGUAAUUAAUAUCACUGUCUGACUAUUUUUUUCCAGUUCAUAAUUAAAAGGCAAAAACCAUGAAAAGAAAACCCAAGAUGGCAUUUUUGUGUGCGUGUUUGUGUGCGGGCCCUGAA